AUGGUUGAACAAAUCCCUCUACCACUCGACUUUGGAGAACUCAUCAAGGAAGCGAGAAAACUUCCCACAUAUACCGGAAACAACAGAGAAUACUCUCUAACAACAUGGCUUGAGGAAGCCACAUCCUUACUACAACUUGUCCAGCCUGGUGAUCAACAGUCAUAUAACAAUCACAGACCCAAUAAUAAUAACAGUAACAGACAAUAUAAUAACAGUAACCACUACCGUGAUCGAAAUAAUAAUAAUAAUAAUAAUUACAAUCAAAACUAUAAUCGCAAUUACAACCGAAAUUACAACUCCAACAACAGAAUGGAAAUAGACAAUUCUAAUAUAUACAGACAAAAUAACCCAAACCCAGAUCCAAUUGAACCAAUGGAUACAAAUUUUCAGGUGCAUCCAUUUCCUAGUAUUGACAAAAAUUAG